AUGCCUCCAGUCGCAACGCUUCCCGCUGCUCCCGAGUCUCAAUCUCAAUCUCAGUCAGAUUUGAUGGAUAUUAUGGAUGACGAUGAGCUUGGAGGCUGGAUGGAAGAGGAAGACCAGCUGGCGAGCGAUCCAUUGGAUGUGGGCGGGCAACAUGAAGGUCUACAGAGUAACGUAGGCAGAGACAACAACUCCCGAGCCCACAAGCGCGGCCAUACAAGUGCACGCCCAAGUCGUGUUCGUGAUGGGAGGACCCGGCUUGUACAAGGCCCCAGUCACCAUCUCGCAGAACCUACGUCCUCUUCUGCUGUCCCCAACCUUCCGCUUUUGUCUGGACCUUCUCUAGAUCUCUCUCCUGUCCUGUCUAGGGACCACUCCUCGACACUCGCUCACACUAAGGCAUGCCUUACUCUUGAACAAACAUCUGCAUGCCAUGCCAAACUCGUGCCAAUAAUGCAAUCCCCAAACGACGAACAACACUCAACUCCUUCACAUUCAAAUUCACCUCAGACUCAUAUAACGCGGCAUCAACUUAGCUAUGGUAUCGAUUCACAACGAAACGCCUCCCUCCUCACUAUGGAAGCACAAAUCUUUCCUGGUGGUUCUCCUUCUCGAGACUCUCACGACUCAGAUUCUGAGACAGAGGAAGACGAAUUGUUACCUUCUUCUCGACCCCACCCAUCUACUGCUAUAGCUCCUCGCCCUUCAUCUGUCCGAGCUGUGAUGACUCCUGUAUCUUUCCCUCCGUCUAUGUCCUCAUCACCUGUAAAUCACGAGGAAAGGGUCGAUGUCUGCAUCCCUUCUAGCCCUCGCGCCGUAACACCCAGAUCAGAGCAGAUCGCGCGGAGCUCUAUUCCUACAUCUUCUCGGGAUGCUCACCCCGCUAUUGCUCCUGCUGUUCUCAUUGCUUCUCUACCCUCUCCUUGCUUCAGUACGCCUGGCGCUAAACGAUCAUGUGUGGAACCCAUCACAGAGAGACCCACUCCCAAAAGAGCACGAACGGGAUCUUAUGCAAGUCAUUGUGCCUCCUCUGAGGAUAAACCUAUCCUCUCCCUUCCUCUUGCCCAACGGGGCUCUGGUGCUUCAUAUAUUCUUGACGCUUCCCUGUUCUCCGCUAUUCCUGUCCAUGAUUGGCAUUCCAUCCCAGCAGCCAACUCGACCCAUGAUAACGAUAAUAACUAUUCACCUCCGCCAGAUGCACAUAGCGAUGCGGAUACCAUCGUCCCCGAAACACCGCAACCACGCUCUCUCCUCAUCUCUUCGUCGUCCUCUUCUUUCGUCUCUUCUGCAGCCUCAUCCACUCACCCUAAUCCACUGUCUCCACCGUCUCCAACUCGCAUAACGACAGAUCAUCUCCUCAGCCGCGCAGAUCCUGCAUACCCAUUCUCUCCCCUCGAAAGGCGCGACACAUUCGUCUUACCGCACCACAACACCUAUGAACGUGGUUCGAAUACGUUCGCGAGCUCGAGCAUCGCCGAGGACUCGGAAGCUUCGAGAUUAUCCCUCGACGAGCGCGGCGCCGGCCUGCCUUCGAAUGCGCAUCGUCUCGGUUCUAGACCUGUUCAGGACUCGAGAUCCUCUUGUCGUCCUGGGAUUAUUGUACACUCCGAUUCUGGCGCUGGGCACCCUCACAGCUCAACCUCGCUCGUUGUCCCUGCUGCUCCCUCUCUCCUCGGUCCAGCCACGACGGCACGAACUCGGAGCUUGAAUUCGAUGGGCUCUCUAGCCUCGAUGGCAUCGAUAGAACAGCGGGUGCACAAUGUCGAUGUUGUGGACGAAAAGGACGCGGGUGCAGGAAGGACGAGGAUGUUGAAGCUUGACUUGAAGGGGAUGAACAGAAGGUGGAGGAGGCGGAAGAAGAGGAUAUCAGGAGGUGGCUCAGAUGGGAGUGAGACUAAGCUGGUGGUCAAAGAGGGCGCAAAGGAUAUGGAGAGGGUAAGGUGUGAGGUGGCGGCGGCGUCACAAGCUGAGGAUAGUGCAAGCAGCAGUGUUGGUUUCGUUGGGUACUCUCGAACAAUCGACAAGAAAGACUGGGGCGAGAUGACUGCUGUGGCCCAUCUGGAUCGACGAUUCGUCGUGGCUCGUCUACGACCUGACGGGCAACGUCUAAAUGCGAAGGAAUCUAGUUCUAAACGUCGCGGAGCACGAGAUUCGAGGCGCAAGAAGGAUUCACUAUGGAUCGUAGAACAGCAUAAUGCGACCUUCAGAUUUGAGUAUGAGAGGAUGAUGAGGAAUGAGCAGAAGGCUUUGCAGAGGCAGAGUCAAGCAGAGACAAGUUCGAGUGGGAAUGGACAUACAGCCAAUGUGGCGCCUGAAGUACCUGAGCACGAGAAAGAGAAAAUAUUCGUUAGGGCGAAAAGAGUCAGUAUAAAGCAGGGCCAACCUUUACCUGAAAGUAUCAUGAACCAUCUCGUAUGGAAUCUUGGCAAGACAGACGAACCAUUGGUCUGCCCAGAUGGAAGGCCGACCGUCGCUCAUCUCACUGACCUGAAUGACAUCUUCAUUCGGAGAAAGGAGAGACGAAUGAAUCGAAAGGUGGAUUGGGGAAAAUUAGAUGCCAUGGGCAGGAAGUCGGAUUGA